AUGUCUUACAAUCAAAAAAUAGAUAUAAAUAAUUUAGAAUCAUCUGAUGAAUCAUAUAAUAGCAGUAGUGAUGAAAAAGCAUUAGAAGAUUUAGAAAAAGAAGAACAACAAGAAAGGUUAAAAAGAAAAGCAAAUAGAAAAAAUACUAAAAAGACAGCAACUAAAUUGACAACUGAAGAGGAAGAAGAAAUACUUAAAAAAGAAACUGAAAAUUGUAAAAAAGAAAGAUUACCAUCAUCAGAAGAAAUUUAUAAUCGUAUCAAAUUUGAUAUUCCAGAGGGUGUAGAAGCUAAGAAUCACAUAAAAGACUUUACCAUUUGCUAUAUUGACCGUUUUUCAAGUCAUCUUAUGUCCAUAAGUUACCCUGAAUUUGAAUAUGGUGUUGUUCCACUCCAUCGUAUUCAAUUAUUUAAAUAUAAAGAUACAAUUGUUUGGGAUAGACAACAAAGAUUUUAUCAAUUUCCAAAUUUUUUAGAACAAGAUCAACAACAAGAACAACAGGAAUAA